AUGAAAUUAAGAGGUCAACUGCAGCAGAAAUUCGAUUUGAUUAAUAUCAAAUUGGAAAAUAUUGAUAGAAAGUUGGCAAACAUUAAUACGAAAUUGACAACUAUUGAAAGGAUAAAUAAAAUGAUACUUCAGGACGCUGAUAUCCAAAUGCAUACUCUUCUGGACAAUAAUACAAUAUGCCACAGUGGAGAAACCGGGAGGAGGUUGAAUGAAAGUAACAAAUGCUUAUGUGCCGCUGGAUUUCUUGGUAAACAAUGUAAAUAUUCAGAUGGAAAGGACACAAGUUUCAUGGUACUUUUUCACGAAGGAUAUCAAGAUGUGCCUCUUAUACCGAUGAUAUUGGUGGCAUCAGCAAAUACGGCACGUCUUUCAGUACUCUAUUUCAGCAACAAUACAAAUCAUUCCACAAUUAUUGACAAAACUAACACAGCAUAUAAUCUGAGUAACAGUGUUUUGCCGUCUGAUGGAAUACAUUUGGCUGGGGUAGAACUUCACUCAGAUGUCGGAAUAAAUGUUUACGGAUUUUUAUAUGGGGGUCGGGUAUCUGAGGGAUAUUUGUUAAUGCCUGUUAAAUUCGCGUCUACAAAAUACAUUAUAUCAACGUUUCCUGCAUUCGCUAUUCGUUAUGGCUUCAGGAAUUUGCUGGUCCUUUCACAAAUUUAUCAAAAUACCGUUGUUAGUAUAAAUUUAAAAUUGGAAAACGGUUCUGUAGCGUAUAAAAGCAAGCAAUAUAGUAACAACGACACAAUACGAAUUGUGAUUAACAAAUACAACACGUUUCAGCUUUCACAUACGUCUGAUUUAUCAGGAACAUUGGUCACAGCAUCAAAACCGAUAAUUGUUGUCAGUGGUAAUCGGUGUAAUUUUGCAGUAGCAGACAAUAUUCGCGUAGGUUAUUGUCAACCAUUCAUUGAAUCAGUACUACCCACAAAUCAACUGGAUUAUAUAUUCAUAACUCCACAUUUAUCGAAAAGGUUGAACAAUACUGUACGCAUUCAAGCGGUAAAUAGCACGAAAUUGACCAUACAAAUUGAAAAUCGGAAAAUUUCAAAAACACUAAACGCAAGAGAUUACUGGGAUUUUUAUUACAACACAACCGCUUUUAUUUUUGCAUCUGAGGACAUAAUUGUCAUGUCAUACCCUCAUGGUUUGAACGAACAUGAAGGGGAUCCCUUUAUGAUGACGAUUCCAGGUAUAAAUCAAUAUCUUUAUGAAUAUGAUUUCGUAGUACCAACAGGGUUUGACAGCUUCAUAAGCAUAACUGUACAGAGCGAUGCUGUAGACGGAUUUAUGCUGGAUGGAAAUUCUUCUAACAUUAAAAGCUUAUUUUGCCUUUCGGAAGGAAUGAAUCAUUUUAGCACUUUCAGUCUGCCUAUGUCGGCAGGGUAUCAUCAUAUAGAACAUAAAAACAAGGUUCGAUUUGGUUUGUGGGUUUACGGAAACGUAUAUCCUGAUGAUGGAUACGGAUACCCUGCUGGAAUGGCUUCUAAAACUUAA